AUGCCCUCCCAGCACAGCCAGCACCGGAAGUCGAAGGCAAAGAAGUCAAAAUCCUCCAAAACGAAGAAUGCUCACCAACGCUAUGGAUGCCCAGUCGACGGCUGCGAACGUGUCUGCCGCAACGCGUCAGGACUUACGCAGCACUUCCACAGUCAGCAUGCUGGCGACAUUCAAGACUACUACCACCACCAGCCCGCCCCUCCGAGCCCUGCUCUUCCCUACUCACCUCCAAGCCGCUCACCUUCCCCAGUCGACUUCUCCCUUGAGAUGCUUCGCUCGCCUUCCCCUCCCUUGGCCUCCCCAUCACCUCAAGACACCACCUCUCGCAACAGUCCGGAUAUUGGCGAAGACCCUACGGUUGGAGAUGCAGUCAAUGUCGGGAAGCUCACGCGAUAUUUCCAUAAAUAUCUUACUGGCCGAAAAUGCGAUCCCGACAGCAACUUCCUCCCUCCCGGCUCUCCACCCAAUUCUCUAACCCCCAACAAUGUUGACGACUGGCACCCGUUCGACUCGCGGCUGGCUUUUGAGACAGCCAACUUUAUGUUCCGGCAGGUCCAGAUGUCGGCCACUUACAUCGACAUCCUCUGCCAACUCUGGGCCCUAUCCCUCAUAAAACACGGUGACGACCCACCAUUUCGGGACCACACACACGUCUACGACACCAUUGAUGCCUCAAAGCUGGGAGAAAUCCCAUGGUGUUGUUAUAUCGUACGUUUGCAUAGUUUAGAGUACGCCGAGGUAGUAUUCCUUCCGAUAGCUUAUGUAAGCGGGCGUCUCGUCAACGCGCGUCGCCGCCGUAGUCUUUUCCCUCAGUCUUCGUGUUCGACACUCGGGACUGAGGUUAGCUACAACAAUAUAGUCUUCGUGUUCGACACUCGGGACUGA